AUGGGAAACCAAACGCCAAGUUACCCGUAUUUGUUCAAAAUCGUUUGCUUUUACUUGGUGCUUCAGUUCGGCAUGACUUUAUCCCAAGGACCAAAGUGCCCUUUCAGCUAUUUGUACCACUUUGGAGAUGGCUUCACGGACAUAGGCAACUGCAUUCACGUGGUCCCGAAGCUCAAAAUUCCGCCCGGGGGAUGGCCUUACGGCAAAACCUUUCCUGGUUAUCCUACUGGCCGUUGGUCGGAUGGCCGUGUCGAUUUCGAUUUCACUGCUGUGGAUUUCGGUCUGCCUGACAUUGUACCGUAUUUGGGCAUGAAUAAGUCGGCGGCAGCUAGCCAUCAGGGGGUGAUAUUCUCGACGGGGGGAAGCCCAGUGCUCGACCUCACUUUCUUCCUACGCCGGAACAUUGUUAUUCCACCUUACGCUCUCUCACUUAAACAACAACUCGUUUUGUUUCGGGAACACCUUGACUACGUGUGCAGCUCACCAGCGGAAUGCUCGAAAUGGAUUGGAGAGUCUAUGGUUUUGAUGGGAGACAUCGAAGGCAACGACAUCGGGUAUGCGCUAACUCAAGGAAAGUCUAUCCAAGAAGUCAGAUCCUAUGUGCCUGCUAUUGUCAAGACUCUUAUUGAUGUGUCAAGGGAGGUCAUCAAACUAGGUGCGACGCGGGUGAUUAUUCCUGGAAACAUACCUGUCGGAUGCUACCCUUACAUUUUGACGGAGCUACAAACGAGAGAUAGAAAUGCGUAUGACGAGAUUGGGUGUUUGAAAAGUGUGAAUGAUUUAAUAGUCUGGAAAAACGGCCUUCUCAACGCAUCCGUUGAAGAUCUCAAAAAAGAGUAUCCGAACGUGCUCAUACUUUACAGCACCAUGUAUGAAGGACCCUUUGGAAACAGUGCGCUGAAAUCUUGCUGUGGGAUUGGAGGGAAAUACAACUAUGAUAGCAGGAGAUUUUGUGGCAACUGGGGAGUCCCGGUUUGCUCUAACCCGAGCGACUACCUAUUUUGGGACGGGAGGCAUUUCACUGAUGAGAGUAACUAUGAGAUUGAGCAAAGGAUGAUAGCGCCAGCUCUCGAGUUGUUCAAUUGUACACCCCUAAGUGCCGGCUUCAGCAGAAGGACUCGUGAUAAUAUCGUGCAGGUCGUCGACUUCCUGUCUAGCAUGUGA